AUGGCGGAUACGUCGGGGCAAAAACGGACGCUAUUCGUCAGGGAACUCGCCGACGAGGUCAACAAGGAGAUCCUCUACGCCGCCUUCCUACCGUUCGGCAACAUACUACACAUAGACAUGCCUGUGGACAAGGAAAAGGGAACAAACAGGGGAAUCGCAUUCAUCGAAUUCGAGGACGAAGAGGACGCGAAGCACGCCAUCUUCAACCACAACGAGUCGGAGUUGUAUGGACGUGUGAUCAAGGUCGCCUACUCCACGAAGUCGCACGUCAAACAAGCCAGGACAGCUGGCGUCAGACACAGAGCCGUGUGGCAUGACGAUCCCACGUUUGGGCACGACCUCAGGCCGGACGACGAAGACGCGCCGCCAGCGGAGCAAUCCAAGCCUGAGCAGCAGCAACAGUAG